AUGAAGACACCGGCCAACGGCGCCGGAGCUCAAUCGGCAGCCACAUCUACCUCAGACGCAGCUGAAGUGGAUAAGAAGAGCGUAAUAAACCCAGAGCUAUGGCAAGCGUGCGCCGGCCCUCUGAUCAACAUGCCCGUCGCUGGGACCCACGUCGUCUACUUCCCUCAAGGCCACAGUGAGCAGGUUGCUGCAUCGAUGAAAAAGGAUGUGGAUGCACAAAUUCCGAGCUAUCCAAAUCUUCCUUCAAAGUUACUAUGCCUUCUUCACAAUGUCACUUUGCUUGCUGACCCGGAAACGGAUGAAGUUUAUGCACAGAUGACACUCCUACCAGUUCCUUCGUUUGACAAGGAUGCUUUAUUGAGAUCAGAUCUUUCGAUGAAAGUAAAUAAACCUCAAAUGGAGUUUUUCUGCAAAAACUUAACCGCAAGUGAUACUAGCACUCAUGGUGGUUUUUCUGUACCUCGCCGUGCAGCAGAAAAGACUUUUCCUUCUCUGGAUUUCACAAUGCAACCACCUGCUCAAGAGCUUGUGGCUAGGGAUUUGCACAAUAAUGCAUGGACAUUUCGCCAUAUUUACAGAGGGCAACCAAAACGUCACUUGCUUACGACUGGAUGGAGUCUUUUUGUCAGUGGGAAAAGGCUUUUCGCAGGCGACUCAAUUUUAUUCAUUAGGGAUGAGAAGCAACAGCUUCUGUUGGGCAUCCGACGGGCAAACAGACAACCAACCAACUUAUCUUCAUCAGUAUUGUCAAGUGAUAGUAUGCAUAUUGGGAUUCUAGCGGCAGCAGCUCAUGCUGCUGCAAACAAUAGUCCUUUCACUGUGUUUUACAAUCCAAGGGCUAGUCCAUCAGAAUUUGUUAUCCCUUUAGCCAAGUACUAUAAAGCAGUUUGCAGCAACCAAAUAUCUCUUGGCAUGCGCUUCCGCAUGAUGUUUGAAACUGAGGAAUCAGGAACAAGAAGAUACAUGGGCACAAUAACUGGUAUCAGUGAUUUGGAUCCAGUCAGAUGGAAGAACUCCCAAUGGCGUAAUUUGCAGGUUGGAUGGGAUGAAUCAACUGCUGGAGAAAGGCGCAAUCGUGUCUCUAUUUGGGAGAUUGAGCCUGUAACUGCUCCAUUUUUCAUCUGCCCCUCCACGCCUCUCUUUUGUUCAAAGCGCCCAAGGCAACUGGGAAUGCCAGAUGACGACUUGUCUGAUCCCAAUAAUCUAUUCAGGAGGACGAUGGCCUGGCUUGGAGAUGGCUUUGGCACGAAGGAUCCUCAAGCUCUGCCCGGCAUGAGCUUAGUUCAGUGGAUGAACAUGCAGCAAAACCCCUCUCUAGCUAACUCGAUGCAGCCAAACAGUUUGAAUCCUUUAUCCAGUUCCAUUCUGCAAAACUUUUCCGGUGCAGAUCUUUCGCAUCAAUUAGGUUUCCCUGCACCUCAACCUAACAACUUACAGUUCAAUACCCCGAGGCAAGCCCAAUCCAUACAACUAGAUCAGCUCCAAAAGCCCCCAGCAUCCACAUUGAACCCUCUGGUGUCGAUUAUACAGACACAACAGCAGUUUACUGACACUGUGCAACCACCAAGACAAAAUUCAAUGAAUCAAACUUUAUCAACAAGCCAAGUUCAGGCACAACUUCUGCAAUCACAGAAUCCGAUCCAAGCUCAGAACGUUCUGCAGCAGCAACAAUCCAUUCUUAAUAAUCAGCUUCAGAGAAGUCUUCCACAAAAUUUGCCUCAACAGCAGCAGAAUCCGAGUCAUGUCCAGCAGCAGGAUUUGACGUCGUUUCAAUCCCUGGAUCAUGUAAGUCAACAGCUUCAUGCGCCUGAGAACCAAUUACAGCUUCAACUUUUACAGAAACUCCACCAGCAACAACAAUCAAUUUCAUCACAGCAGUCUGCAAUACCACAACCUUCCCAACUGACACAACACCAGGAUCAGCAGAAGCUGCCUUUAGACGUUUCCCAGAAAUUUUUUUGGUCUAUGACAGACCAACUGCCUGAGGCAUCUCAAUCAAAAUCGACUAUGCUCCCCCAGUCACAUGUUAUUCCACAGCAGAUGACCAGAAAAAAUAGCCAAACCAAUCUCCAGUUUGCCUAUCCAAAACUUCAGCAACAUCAACAAUCUGGAACACAAUCAGAAUUUCCAGGAUUUGUGGGAAACACUUCCAACCCAAUGAACAACCAGCUUUCCGCAGGGGAUAGCAGUUUGUUGAAAGGAGCUGCUGUUGGAGGUCAAUCUGGGAUUACAGAUGAGGUUCCUUCUUGUUCGACUUCACCAUCCACUAACAACUGUCCAAGUGCAGUUCAGUCUACAAUGAAUGGCAGAAACAACCAAAGCACAAUAACAGGGGACGAGAUGGCUCAGUAUUCCGCCACUCUGUUGAGUUCAACGGGCGUAAAUAACGUUUCUUCUAAUGGUAACUUAGUUAAAGAUUUGCAGCAAAAGCCUGACAUUAAGCCUUCAGAGUACGUAUCCAAAAGUCAGAACCAAGGAUAUUUUGCAACACAAACAUACCUCAAUGCUGCUGGAACCCAUAUAGAUUAUCUGGAUAGUUCAUCUUCAGCAACAUCGGUUCUUUCUCAAAACGAUGCCCACACACUGCAUAACAACUCUGCAUCUUUGAAUUCUCAGUCAAUAUUGUUUAGAGCCACAAGUCAGGAUAGGGAACUUCAGGGUGAUCGAAGGAACAACAACGUUCCUUUUGGGGCUAACAGUGGCAACCAGUUAGGCUUGCCCAUAAUACCUGACCCAUUGAUCACAAAAUCUAUGGUGGGAUCAGGUGAUUUCUCGAAUAAUCUCUCGUCUGGAGUGAUGGUUUCCACUUAUGAAAACCCCAAGGAAACUCAUCCUGAACUUGCAUCAUCUAUGGUUUCCCAGUCAUUUGGAGUUCCAGAUAUGACAUUCAAUUCAAUUGAUUCCACAAUAAAAGACAGCAGCUUCAUGAACGGAGGAGCAUGGGCUCCACCACCACAGAUCCCUCGAAUGCGAACGUUUACAAAGGUGUACAAGCGUGGAGCUGUCGGCAGAUCAAUCGAUAUCGCACGUUACUUGGGUUAUGAAGAUCUUAAACAAGAUCUGGCUCGCAGAUUUGGCAUAGAGGGGCAAUUGGAGGACCGGCAGAGAAUCGGUUGGAAACUUGUGUAUGUGGAUCAUGAGAAUGACGUCCUGCUGGUUGGGGAUGAUCCUUGGGAGGAAUUCGUGAACUGCGCACGCUGCAUCAAGAUCCUUUCACCUCAAGAAGUCCAACAAAUGAGUUUGGAUGGAGAUUUUGGGAACAGAAUCCUUCAAAAUCAAGAUUGUAGCAGUUCAGACAAUGGUGUAAAUUAG